AUGUAUUCCCGAAACAACAUUGCUAUAGAGAGCAUUGAAGAUGAGAUCUAUGUGCAUCAUUAUCCGGUACCAGAACUCGAAGAUCUGGAGAGGAAGAAUGGUGACGGGGAAAAGGACCAGAGGGAGAGGGAAGAGAGGGAGUUCAACGAUGUCGUCGGACUUGGGGUGAACACUGAACAUUUGUGUUUUAGCCUAAACUUGCUUUUCUCAAUGCAGCUUCUUUGCUUCUAUAAGCAUCCACCACCAUUCUUUGCAUCAUUUUCUAGACAAUUACUAGUACAUAGUAGUGAACAAGGCAUAAUAUUCAAGAAGAGGAAGCUAAGCACAAACCCUUAUUAUUCUUCAUCUUCUUAUUGCAUAGUUCAUGCAGUGAAGGAAGAUUCACAGCAAUAUGAGAUAGACCCAGAUGAGGCCAGAGAAGCCCUUAAAAAGCUUGACCAACAAUUCCAAUCUCUCUCCAAUAAACGAGUUUCAUCCUCUCCAAAACUCACGGUUUCUGACGUGAAGCUUACCAAAGAGCAAGCCAGUGACACUGAAAAGCUAGGAUUUUCAGAAUCGUUUCUUUCAUCUUUAGCUGUUGGUCUGGUUCUGUUUACUAUAUUUUACAAUGUGCUAUUUUACACUGUAAUUAAGCCAUCCAUCGAUGCGUACUACUAGUGUGUAUGUAUAUAUAUACAAGGGCGAAGCAUAAAGAACCUUGCUAUAUAUAUGUCGCAGCCGGAUCGCGACCUGGCGAAAGAGAUUGAAUGUUAAAAAUAAUGGAGUUGCCAAUAAGAUUUAUUUAGAAAAAUAUUGGAAAAACCUUUUUGUUUGAGAAAACUGGUCUUUCGAAUAGAAAAUUGAUUCAGG